UCAGAGAGCGAGCGAGUGUGAGAGCAGCAGCAGCCGCAGCCGCAGCCAUGUCCAGCAGCGACGAUGUGCAGAUCACCAGCGUGAUUGAUGCCAAUGGGCAGCCGCUGCCGCUGCAUGGCAACAGUUUGGGCGGUGCGCUCGGUCCGCCCGUCAAGCAGGAGGAUGAUGCCGAGAUACGCGAAUUGGCGGCCAAAAUGAAGGAGCAGCAAAAACAGCAGGCCGCCCAGCAGGCCAGCCGGCAGGCGGCCAUGCAGCAUGCAAAUGGCGGCGUCGGUGGCGCCAACGCCGCAGCAGCAGCAGCAGCUGGCGGCGGCAGCGGCAGCGUUGGUGCUAUGCAGCCACCGUUAACCAAUGGCAAUGGCCAGACAAAUAUAAUGAGCUACCUGUCGCGGCAUCAGAAGCUGCCGAACGGCACAAUGCAGGUGGUGCCCGCAUUGGCGGCCAAUGGGCGUGCCAAUGGCGCGAUAAGCGGCGAUAACGAUAAGAAAUCAUCGGGCGGGCCGUGCGAUGAGGAAUCGAUAAAGGGACACUUUGGUUGGGCGCAAUUUGGCAAAGUAUCGAUACCGUAUAUAUACAGGCAAUCGGAGAAAUAUUGUUCUGUGCGAAUGAUCGAACUGAAGCUGCUCGGCAAAUAUCUAAAUUACCUGCAUCCGGACAUCUAUUCGAGCUGCACCUGUGUGCGCAGCUAUUAUAUAACUGAUGCCGAGGCGCGCCUCUUUAUCGAGAUCAAUCACAAGCAUUGCGAUGUCGAAUUCGGACGCGAUAUAUUCACGCAAAAGGAUCUGGUUGUGCGUCUAAGCGAUGCAUCGAAAUUUUAUCAAUUUCUCGAUAUAUGCUAUCGCAAAUUGAUCGGCGGCAGCAAAACGCCGUCGGAGAAAUGCGGCUUCAUACGCAUCAACAAGGAGUCCGUUGUGCCGUAUACCGUGCGCAACAAUCAGCAGGUGGUGCCGCUUUUCUAUUUCGAAGGCGAAACCGAAAAUCUUAAGACAAAAGCCGAACUGUUAAACGGCUGGGAUUUGGCCUAUCUGAAGUUCUGCUGCAAAGUCCAGGGCAUACGCAACGAGCUAUUCUCCAGCGAAAAUGUUGCCGUCAUCUCGCUGACAGACAUCAAAAGCUAUUUUCCCAAUGGCACCGAAUUCGAGGACUAUUGGCCCAGCAAGGUGGUCGACUCCAAUCUCUUGAUCGGCAAUCGUUCGAAUGCCAACAAUUCGGUUAACUGGACGCGUCAGCCAUCGGCGCCGCCGCCAAAGAUAACAUCCAGCGUUAACAGCAACAGCAGCGCAGCCGCAGCACAAAAGUCCCAGCAUCAGCAGCAGCAACAGCAACAACAACAGCAGCAGCAGCAACAGCAGCAGCAUUCGACGGCUGCGGCGCAGCAGCAGCAUUUGAUGAAGCAGCGGGCCGCAGUCGCGGCCGCUGCCGCUGCCAAUGGUGUGGCAAACGGUGGGAAUUUCUCGUCAGCCGCGGCGGCGGCAGCAGCAGCUGCAUUCAAUACACACGCAGCGGCAGCGGCCAUGCUACAGACGCAGGGCAAUACGCGCAUGCUGACGCAGGCCACCGUCCAGGCGCUGGCCACCGGUGGCUGGAUGAAUAGCCAGAAUAAUGUGCCCCAACUACAUGUUCAAAUGUUGGCGCAACAAACGCAUGCGAAUGCCAACCGCGGCACAUACCGCGAACAUCUAAACAACAUGAUGCUGGGUGGAAGCCGCCCACAACCGUAUUCCUAUAACAAUCCUGCGAUUUCAAUGUCCUCGGUGAACAGUCAGAGCGGCGGUGGCGGCAAUGCGCCGCCGCCUCUGGUUCGUUCGGCGGCCGGACAGAAUGCCAAUCACAUGUCAAAUGUCGAGCAAUCACUGGUGCAACAACAACAACAACAACAACAACAACAGACACAACAACAACAACGACAACAACAACAACACCAUAGCACAUUUAACCAUGCACAACACUCCCCAAACACGCACAGUCCACGUGGCCAUCACGGUCAUGUCCUUGCCAACAACAACAACAACAAUAGUACGCGCAACAAUUCCAGCAGCAGCAACAACAACAACAGCCGCAGCAGCUGCUCACCGAAUGGCGGCAACAGCAGCUCCUCGGCUGCUGCUGCAGCUGCUGCCGCUGCCGCUGCCGCCGUCGCUGCCAAUAUGCACGCACUGCUGGGCAGUCCCUUCAACUAUAAUAUGCCCUCGACGCGCGCUGAUUAUACAAAUUUGGCGCUCUGGAAUCAGUUGACGCCGACGCAACGUUUAUUGUUUACACAGCAAAUGAAGGGCGCUGCCGCCGGCGGCGCCGGCGUUGGCGGCGUUGCCAGUGCAUCGCCAAAAUCGCACAUCAGCUCUGGGCUGGUUGGCAACUUUCCGGCGUUGCCAUCGCUGCCGCUCGACACGGAUCUGAUCACCAUGCUCGACUACAAUAAUCCCAAUAAGCAGGCGAACAGCAAGAGCAGCAAAUCAGUGGGCGGCACCUUUACCAAGCCAACUGUGCCGCCCCUCAUACCCGAUGAGCAGCAACAACAACAACAGCAGCAACAACAGCAGCAGCAGCAGCAGCAGCAAUCAAGCGGAAGAAAGCAACGGGGAAGUGUUGUUGGCGGUGUUGGUGGAGGUGUUACCACGAUACCAUUGAACUCCACGCAAGCGUUGGAGGACUUUGAGAAGAAGUUUAAUAUGACGGACGAGAUGCGCGCCGUUAUACACAAGGUGAUAGCCAAUCCUGAUCUCUCCACAUCCAUACAGACCAAUGCGAAUCAGCAGCAACAGCAGCAGCAACAGCAACAGCAGCAACAGCAACAUAAUAAUCAUAAUAAUAAUAAUAAUUCACAUCCCCUUAACUCGUACAUAUCGCCGCCCAUGUCGCCGGCAAUUGGUGGUGCCAGUGUAACCACCUUGUCGCUGGCCUCCAAUCCGAAUGUGACAAUAACGCCACAAUUGCCGCCGGGACACUUUCUGCACUCACCGUCCAGUUCCUGCUCCAGCUCGAGUGCAUCCACAACGGCGGCCUCGCCGCUGGGCGGCGGCAGCAGUUGCAAUGGUGGUGCGGCGACUGCUGCUGCUGCUGUUGGUGGGUUGGUGGGUGGUGCGGGUGGUGCGGGUAGGCAAAAGAGCGUCAUUUGUUCCACGAAAUCAAAUGCCCUGCCCUUGGCCAUAUUAUCGCUGGCCGGCGGCAGUGGAAGUGGUAGUGGUAGUGGUAGUGGGAGUGGUGCAAUUGGUGGGGUCGUUGGUGGACGCCACCAGAAGCAAUCGAUUAGCGGUUACGGUCGUCAGUCACACAGCCAUCAGGCAACAUUUAAUGUCGGUGGUAGCCAUUGCCACUUGGACGGCAUUGGCAGCACCACAAUCACGCCCAGCACAACGCCCACUGAUGUUAUCGAUUUGUCUUCAUCCCGAAGGUCGCUAGCGGCCUCCGCAUUUCAUCAGCAGCAACAGCAGGCGGCCGCAGCCCAGCAGCAGCAGCAGGCGGCAGCUGCCCAGCAUCAGCGCAUGUCCGCCGCAUUGGCGCACUUGCAGCAGAAUGGCGGCCGAAGCGGCAGCAGCAGCGGCGGCGGCGGUGGCGGUGGCGGUGGCGGUGGCGGCGGCGGUGGCGGCAGCGGCUCCAAUGGCGGCAGCUCAGGCGGCGGUGGUUCGGGCAAUUCGAGCGCCAACAGCGCCUCAAUGCAUCUGCAACGGCAUGCGGCAUUGGCCGCUGCCUGCGCCAGUGCGUCCGGUGAUGGGGCACAGCGUUUGUGCGUCAUACCGGAGAUACCCACCAGCAGCAUGAAUCUGACGCCGUACAAGGUGCAGAAGGUGUGCGUUGAUAAGCAUCUGGUGCCCUGCAUCAAUAUGAAGGCCUACAAUGACUCCGAACAGCUGAUGACCCUCACCGAAUUCCAGAAGAACUUCUUUCCCAAUGUCGCCCUGGAUCAUUGCAAGCGGCUAAUUGAGGCGCUCCACGUUGAGCUCUACAAGGCGAACCGGCGUCAAGUACAGAUACUGAUGGAGUACGAUCGUACCUACAAUGAGAAUAUGCCGCUGGUGCAGGUACGCGACAUAAUCAAGUACAUGACACAGUUGACAUUCAUGACACGCCAGUCGGAGCAGCCGCCGUCGAAGCGUACGCGCACAAGCUAGGAAUUAAGCUGGGGAGCACAACAUUUGCCAACAACAUCAACAGCAAAAACAAUAGCAACAACAAAAACAGCCACAGU